AUGGCUCGCCCGUGCUUGACAAGAGGCUCUGCACGGCUCGCAACUGCCGCGCGGACUCGCCCGAGCCCGCCGACGCCGCCUCCAGCUCUCGCCUCGUCGUCCUCAUCGUCGAGCAGCACCCGUCGCCAUGCGUCGUCCUCGUCCCGCCUGUCCGCCUGGACGACCGCCCUCCCUUCCUCAACCUCGUCCGCCAUCCCAACAGCCAGCUCGAGCGUCCGCCUCGCCGAUCCAGUCAAGUUGCUCUCCUCCGAGAUGAACUUCCUCCGAGCGAACGUGACGUCCCUCCUCGGGUCGAAGCACCCCGCACUCGACACGAUCGCAAAGUACUACUUCCAGGCCGAGGGGAAACAUGUCCGGCCGAUGAUCAUCCUCCUCAUGAGCCAGGCGACGAACGGGAUCAGUCCGAGGUGGGACGAGGUCAGGGAGCGAGAGGACGAGAGGGAGAAGGCGAGGAGGGAAGGGAGAGGGAUGGGCGUUGAUGAGCCCCUCGAGAAGGAGGAGGUCUUGCAGGAUGAGAACCCGACCAUGGUCGAGCGCGCGAGGGACCUCCUCAAGAACCCGCUUUCCGCCUUUUCUUUCCCGUCCGCCUCCUCCCCUUCGACAUCCGAUUCUGCCUCGCUCAAGAUCCUCCCGACUCAGCGACGACUCGCCGAGAUUACCGAACUGAUCCACGUCGCUUCGCUCCUCCACGACGACGUGAUCGACCUCGCCGAAACUCGACGAGCAGCGCCUUCCGCCCCUUCACUCUUCGGCAACAAGCUGUCGAUCCUGGCAGGAGACUUCCUCCUCGCGCGAGCGUCACUCGCGCUCUCUCGACUCGGCAGCAACGAGGUUGUCGAACUCGUCGCGAGCGUCCUGGCCAACCUCGUCGAGGGCGAAGUCAUGCAAAUGAAGGGCAACAUGCCCAAUGCCUCUUCGACCACCUCUCCAACCGCAACCGCCGCCUCGCCCGCCUCCUUCUCCUCCCCGUCCACACAGAACCCCUCCAUCAUCCCCGCCUCCUCUCUCUCCGGCCGCGGCCCAACACCCGAAAUCUUCCACCACUACAUGCGCAAAACGUACCUCAAGACUGCGUCGCUCAUCGCUAAGAACGCACGGGCGGCGACUGUCCUGGGUGGGUGCGGCGUCAAGCAGGGUUGGGCGGAGGGAGAGAAGGUCAAGGAUAUCGCGUAUGAGUAUGGACGGAAUCUGGGUAUUGCGUUCCAGCUCAUCGACGACAUGCUCGACUUCACGGCGACAGCCGCAGACCUCGGCAAGCCCGGUGGAGGCGCAGACUUGAAGCUCGGACUCGCAACGGCGCCGGCGCUGUACGCGUGGGACGAGUACCCCGAGUUGGGCGAGUUGAUCGAGCGCAAGUUUGAGCGCGAGGGGGACGUCGAGCGGGCAAAACACCUCAUCUUGCGUUCUUCCGGCGCCGCCCGCACCUUCACCCUCGCCGAGCAGCACUCGCAAGCGGCCAUCGACGCGAUCCGACGACUGCCCGAAUCCGACGCACGAGAUGCACUGGAAAAGAUCGCGCGGGACGUCCUGACGCGCAAGAAGUGA